AUGGCGGCUUCUUCUACUUUCUCCUCACUCCUACGUUCACCGCCGGCACUUCUUUCCGACCACCUCUCUCCUCCGCCGUGCAGAUGCUCCUUUUCUUCUUCUCCGGUUCUUCCCAGAUCGUCUCGUUUGGGUCUCACUUUACCGGAGAGGAGAAAUCUCUCGCUGAAAUCGACGGUUGGUGAGGUGUCUUAUCGCGAUCCGACGACAUCUGGAUCCGGAGCAGACGAGCGAAUUGAGUCGCUCAAACUCAAAUUACUGAGUACAGUUUCAGGAUUAAACAGAGGACUUGUGGCGAGUUUAGAUGAUCUACAAAGAGUUGAAACCGUUGCUAAAGAACUGGAAACAGCUGCUGGACCGGUGGAUCUAACUGAUGAUCUUGACAAACUUCAAGGGAAAUGGAGGUUGUUGUAUAGCAGUGCGUUCUUUUCUCGGUCAUUAGGCGGUAGUGGUCCUGGACUCCCUACUGGACGUUUGAUUCCCGUUACUCUUGGCCAGGUGUUUCAACGGAUUGAUGUGUUCAGCAAAGACUUCGAUAACAUAGCGGAAGUGGAAAUAGGAGCUCCUUGGCCAUUGCCCCCUAUAGAAGUCACUGCAACAUUGGCACACAAAUUUGAACUCUUAGGCACUCGCAAGAUCAAGAUAACACUUCAGAAAACAACAGUGAAGACAUCAGGAAAUUUAUCGCAGAUUCCUCCAUUUGAUAUCCCGAGGCUUCCCGACAGUUUCACCCCAUUGUCAAACUCUGGAACUUGGGGUUUUGAAGUAACCUAUGUUGAUGAAAAUAUGCGCAUAGGUCGUGGAGAGAGAGGUGAACUUAGGGUAUUUGUAAGGGUCGUUGACAUGUAA